GCUGUUGCGAAGGCUGCUUCGGGCAGGCCCAGGCGGUGCCGCCAUGCCUCCAUUCCGCGCCAAGACCACCGCCAAGAACUGACUUUCGGCGAAGGUCAGGGGGCUAAACACAACCUUUGACUCAUACAUUUUCGCCGCUCUACACAAAUCGCAACCAUGGCCACCAAGGUGAAGCUUAUGAGCUCGGACGCUCAAAUGUUUGAGGUGGACGAGGAUGUGGCUUUCCAGUCCCAAACUGUGAAGAACCUGGUAGAAGACGCCGGCACAGAGGACGCUAUCCCUCUGCCUAACGUUUCCGGGCGGAUCUUGGCCAAAGUCAUCGAGUAUAGCAAGUACCACGUCGAGGCAGAGAAGAAGGGUGCUGACGACAAGCCCACCAAGACUGAGGACGAUGUCAAGCGCUGGGAUGAUGAGUUCGUGAAGGUGGACCAGGCAACGCUGUUCGACCUCAUCCUGGCUGCGAACUACCUGAACAUCAAGGGUCUGCUGGACCUGACCUGCCAGACUGUGGCUCAGAUGAUUAAGGGGAAAACGCCAGAGGAGAUCCGCAAGACGUUUAAUAUCAAGAACGACUUCACGCCCGAGGAGGAGGAGGAGGUCCGCCGCGAGAACCAGUGGGCUUUCGAUUAAGCACGGGUCUGAUUAAGGCACCAGCUGUGCUUGGGCGUAAUCGUGCAUUGCACCCGCAGAGCACGCCGCACUCUGUAGCUAGGAAUUUAGGAUGGGUAUGUGUGCCAGCAGGAGGUCGCUAGCGCGUGCGUCUUUGUACCGCACGUGUGUCUGUGUGUACGUUAUGUUAGGUACGUCCUGGGACGUGCAGUUUGUGGCCGCGGUACAGGGCAUGUGUGCCGUACGCCAGCAGGCUGUAUGGCGGAACGUGGCGGUAGGGAGGAUUUGGCCUCGUUCCCAGUAUGCAGUGCCAACGGUGGGCAUGCUGCUUGCAGCUGUAUCACCAGGGCACGUCGACUGGGUUUCGGGAUACCGUGGAGCUCUGGAAGUCGGCAAAAGAAGUGUAUCGGCUCAGCUUAUGGCCGUGGCUUAGUGGCACUAAGGCCUACUUCAGGCUCAGCAUGGAGCCUUGUAGUUGAUAGCUCCGCAUGUACGGACGCGCUGCAUCAGGUAGUGUUAGGCCUCAUUAUGGUCCUAGGCGCAUUCGUGGGUGGGCAUGCGUCAUUGAGCAUGGCCCGCUGCAACCUUCGCCCCGAACUGGCGUCCGUGUUGCACGCAACGUGCUCGGGAAGUGGUGGAAAUGAACUGUGGAGGAAUUGCGAGAAGGGCUGAAAGCGAUGCAUAGACACGUCAUGCAUCAGGAUUGGGUGGGCUGUAAAGGACAAAGUUGAGUGGCUAUGGGCCAGUAAACAUGAUGGGCCACAACGUGGAUCGGAAUUGGGGAUGGGUGGUGAGUCGGCGACGGAGCCAAUCAUGGCGUGACCAAGAGAGCCGAGGCAGUCGGGGCAACUGGGCAGGUGGACGACUGAAACGCCUGCCACAGCGCACAGGGCGCAACAAAGCAGCUACACUGCUCAUAAGCCUUGAUUAGUUGGAGUGUUGGUGUUCAGGCCUGGGCUUGCACGUGGUGGAUGGGCAGCGCGUGACGUUGGGGCGAACUGGUACAGCGGCCACCAGCGGCACGUAUUGGGAUGGGGAGCUCAGAGGUCAAGCUUGCUAUGGGCCCCUGUCGGAAGCCCAUGACACCGCAGAGGCGUUAGGCUGCCCCCCUGCCUCCAGCUGCCUCCAGGACGACUCGGCAACGCCUUUUGCUGUACAGGGCUUGCAAGUAAUGUCUGCGAUCCGAGGGAAAAAGCGAGCUUUAAGCAAUCUACCGGUA